AAACAUUCAUGAUCAACUAAACAUCGAGAUGCACGCGUAUCUGAGUGGCAAAACGGGUGGCUAGGCUUAAUUUGAUUACUCUUUGUGGCGUACACUGUGUGAACGCGGCUGGAGGCGCAUUGGCUUGGCUGCACCACGGCGACUCCUAUCAUUAAUGUUCAGCUCGAUGCUACAACCGACACCACCCCAACGACCAAGAUAGAUUAACUGGACACUAUCCCGGGCUUUCAUUAAUCACGAUCAGUACAAAAACAUUAGCCCACGAAUAUCAUCCAGACUGAUACUUACCCGUCUUUGCGAAUGGUGAAGUCCCCGCGGCGCACGCCGUCCCGGGUAGGCUGACCGUUGACGCUAAGUGGAAGCCACUGGGAGAAUUUAGCCCGCCAAACGCACAACGGGCUACGCUACUGCGCUCUACCCCUGCAUCGGUACGGUUGCGCCGCCGACCACCCUCCGCCCCGCGAGUCUGAUGCGCCGCCGGGAUGCAAGCAUGCAAGCCCACUGGAUGAACCCGUAAGUCAAUUAGACAAGCCGGGAGAUGGUGUUUCUCUUUAGGAUGGUCUUGUGUCUUGGACGACCAGGCUACCGGGGGACCUUGAGAUUGUACUGAGGAGCAAAGGGCAGCCAAGUAUCCCUUUGCUUUGUUACUCCUCGGCUGCACCCCCAGUCAUAUCCCCGCGCAAGCAGUGCUGGCGUGAAAGAUCAGCGCAGUUUUGCUUUUGGGCAGUUUGCUGCUGCGGCGUACAUGGCGCGCUGGAACAGCCAACCAAGCAAACACUAAACAGUCUUUAGCUUAACGGUCGGCGCACUCUAUCCCCUCCGUUGUGAUGAAAGUCGCAAAAAGCAACGCUCUCCCCACUGGGGAUCUUGGAAAAAAGCAAGUGCUGGCCGGUUGGCCUCUGCACAUGCCGCUUGCGCAGACGAUUAGCAGCAGGUUUGACAAAAAGAGGCUGGAUCAUCAAAUUUACAGGGGAAACGAGUCAAAGACAUGAAAGGUUUUUCUCUUUCCCGGUGCCAGCUCGCAAUCGGUGGGUUACAGUGGAAAAACAAAGAAAAAAGCGAACACUUACAGACACGGCUUGGUUGAAUGGUUGACUUUUUGGCGAUGAGACCCCUUCGCCACUGUUUACUCAUUUCUCGAGUCUUUAUAUCAAGCCUUUUUCCCACCUCAGUUUUGGAGUUUCGUCUUGGCCACCUAUAUCCUCUAGUAUCCUUCUUCUUCACUCUUUUACCUUUUCCAUCACUCGCCUUGCUCAGGUCUGGUAUCUGACUGCACAACAUGGAAAACCUCACUGUAUACAACAUGCCGCCCCAGCCGGCCCUUUGGGACCGCAUCGGCAUCUUCUUUGUCUCCUUUGCUAGCACUUGGACCUUUUUGGUUAUUUGCGGUAUGGUGUUUUGCUGGUAUAACCGUAACUCGCCCGUCAUGAAGGUUCGCGGCUGGGUGCUCGGAUUCACAGCCAUCAUCUGCUUGCACAUGUAUUGGCUCAUGGCGCAAAUCGUCUACCCCGUCGGCCGCACUAUGCCCAUUGUCAUUGCAUAUGAUGUUCAGUACUUCAUCAUGGGUACCUGGUUCCCUCUUGGAAUUGCUAUGUUCCAUGCCUCCAACCUUCGCUUCCUUCACGUGGCAAAGCUGCAGAAGCAAUUUACACACCCUGCCUUGCAGCGCCACCACGACGGAUGCAACGGUGCGAAGACGUCUCUCCUUUGCCGUCUUCGCAACAUUUCCUACUCUAAGCGCAUCAUGGUCUUUAUCGGUUUCGGAAUGGUUGCCCAAUGUAUCUUGACCGUUGGUAUGUGGUUUGCUUGCAUGAAGUACCACCCAACCUACGGCAUCCCAGGCACUGAAAUGAAGUCAAAGACUCUCCCCGAGCAAGUUAUUGAGCUUGGUCGUGGUUGGGAAUGGUGGCCCUCUGUCAUGUGGCAAGUUCUUUGGACCUGGAUCGUUGCUCCUAUCCUGAUCUUCCGCGCUUGGAACAUUCGCGAUACCAUGGGAUGGCGCGCCCAGACCAUUGGGUGCUGCCUGUCCAGCUUGCACGCCACGCCCAUGUUCUUGAUUUCCUCGUAUGUCCCAGCAUUUGACAAGGUCAACGCCUACUUCCCUCCUAGCCAGUGGCUCCACCUGUCGACCAUGAUGUUUGAGAUCUUCACCGUCUUUGUCCCUGCUUUCCAGAUCAUUCGCUCGCAAAUCAUUGCCCGCAGAGCCAAGGACUCCAACUCUCGCUGGGAGACUGCCUCGCAGACCUCAACUCUCCGAUCCUCGACAUCGGACUGGAAGCUCCACACUCUUGAGGUUGCCGAGAAGGGCAAGCCCAUUGAUUUUACCGAUGCUGCCAUUGGCGAUCGUCUCAUCACUAUGAAGGCUCUGGACCACGUCCUCGCCGAGAACCCUGCCCCCUUACUUGAGUUCUCCUCGCUCAACGACUUCUCCGGAGAAAACAUUGCUUUCCUCAACCUUCUCUCUCGCUGGAAGGCCACACAUGCCAGUGUUGAGCAUGCACGCUUCAGUUCCGAGGUCUACAGCGGUGCUCUUCAGUUGUACAUUGACUUUAUCAGCCCGUUGGACGCCCAGUUCCCCCUCAACCUGCCUUCCAAGAAGCUCAAGCAUCUGCAAGCCGUUUUCGAGGUUGCAGCCCGCAGUGUCCGUGGUGAGGGCCGUUAUAAUGCUGCCACUCCCUUUGACUUUGACAAUGAGGAGAGCGCCGUCGGUCUGUCCAACGUCCAGUACACUGGCCAGAUCCCCGGCAGCUUUGAGCUGGAGAUUUUCGACGAGGUUCAGGAUCACAUCAAGUACCUUGUGCUUACCAACACAUGGCCCAAGUUUGUCAUGGAGAUGCAGAACCGCAGACGCUCUACCGAUACUGGUCGCAGUGCCCUAACAGACGAUUCGCAAGCCACGCUCAAGAGUCAAAUAUCCGCGCGCGUAAAAAACCUGCUUAAAUCCAUCUAUCAUUAAAAAAAAAGCUUUGGGACGGUUUAUGUUUUAUGUUUUAUUUUCUUUGGGAAUGGGAUUAUGCUUGCUCUUACGCUGCCAAUGCCUGGAGCAUUGACGACUUGUUUCAUACCUUCGCUACUACUACUACAUAGGAGCUACUAUAUAGCUCAGUACAAACACUCCUUAAUUUCAUAAUGUAAUUUACUUUGGAACAAAUCAUACGUAUUCUUCAAUCUGUCUAUAAAUGUCCUAUCUCUGUAAGAUUUAUUUCAGCAUCAAAACCUUUUAGUUGAGUGGUACCGAAUUGAUGAAUGUUGUGUUGAGGUGGCCAUCGGGGUAGCGGUCUCCAGCUAGCUCUAUCUCGUUGGCGUACUGUCGAAUAAGCUUCAUCUCCUCGUCAUUCAACUUGAUCUCGACAGCAGCAGUGUUUUGCUCGAGAUACUUGAUGGUAGAUGUACCGGGAAUGGCAAUAAAGUCAUCGCCCUGCUGUGAAACCCAGGCAAGGCAUACCUGCGCCGCGGUAGCGUUGUGGCGUGCACCAACCGCUUGGAUCUGCUUGCUAAGCUCGAGGAUCUUGUCAAAGUUGUUCUUGAGCUUGGGUACCUGCAGGCGCCAGUCGUUGGGGUCGACCUGAUCGAUGGAUGUGAUUUGACCAGUGAGGAAACCGCGGCCAACGGGGCUGUAUGCGAUGAUGGUGAUGCCGAGCUCGCGACAUGUCUCGAGAAUCUUGUGCUCGUCGGACUCGAUGUCGAGGAAGAGAGGAGAGAACUCGACCUGGUAGGCGGAAAUGGGGUGGACGGCAUGAGCACGGCGGAUGGUGUCGGCAGAGCAUUCGGAGAGACCGAGGUAUCGGAUCUUGCCGGCGCUGU